AUGUUUGUGUACCUCUCGCAUCAUGCUCAGUGCUCCUGGAUGGAGAUGAAUCAGUUCAUUGGUGACCUCCUCUCAUCUGGAAACCCUUCCAAAAAUCAGCCAGAUGUGCUGAACGCAGCAUGGGGAGGGGCUGCUGCUUCUCUGGGUCUCAAACCUACUUCACUUGAACCCCUGGAGCCGCCUCGAGCUGCCCAUAACAAGGGAGGGACAGCCCCGGGCCGGCCGGCCCAUCCUGGGGCCGCACAGGGGACCGGCGAGGCCAGAGAAAGAGGACAAGAUGUGCAUCACGCCUGCUCUUGCCCCGGAUGUCCGUCCUCCAGUCUCCCUCCAUCUUUUGAAACUUUACUGCCCAGACCGUCUUUGCCCUCGUCGGCACAGUCUAAGGCAGCGUGUCGGCCCAAAGACCUGAGCCGCGGCGUGUGUUCGCCAGACACCACCGUACCCAGCAGCAGCACAUCUGAGCCGGGGUCCAGGCCGCCCCGGUCACCACGCAGCGAGGCCACAGACAGGGGGACGCAAAGCCGAGAUCAAAACCCCGACGCUCUCUCCUCCAGAGCGUCCUCCAGCUCUGUGUCCCACCUGCCCGUCUUUCCCUGCUUCUGUUGCCACCGUGGUCUACAGACCUGUUCCCAGCUGCUGAGCCACCAGGAGGGUGCGGGCUCUCCUUUUUCUCACACCCAUGCGCACCAUCAUUUUCAUCACCACCACUGCCCGUUGACGUCCUGCCUGGCCUGUCCUCAGCUGGCCCGCUCUGCCCAGCUCUCCGGCCCUCUGCCCUGUCUGUCCUGCCAGUGUCCGCUGCCCGCCUGCUCCCAGACGUGCGGGGGCCAGCGCCGGCCGGCCCAGCGGCCGGAGGAGCGGGGGCAGCACCCCUGCAUGCACUGCCCGGCCUCUUUCCCCCGGCCGUCGCAGCUGCUGCAGCACCAGCGGUCAGAGCACGCCCACAAGCCGCCGGGCUUCCUCUGCACGCAGUGCGGCCGCGCCUUCAACUCCCACAGCAACCUCCGCAUCCACCUCAACGUGCACACGGGCGCCCGCCCUUACUCCUGCUCCGACUGCGGGAGGAGUUUCAGCCAGUCCGGAGCUCUGAAGAUCCACCGGCGGAUCCACACGGGCGAGCGGCCGUACACCUGCGGCUUCUGCGGCCGAGGGUUCCCUCACCUCGCCGGCGUCCGCGCCCACCAGAGGACCCACACGGGAGAGAAGCCCUACCGCUGCAGCCAGUGUGGGAAGUGCUUCACCCAGUCGGGAGCUCUCAAGAUCCACACCCGCAUCCACACGGGGGAGAGGCCCUUCAUCUGCAGCCUCUGCGGGAAGGGCUUUUCCAACCGCUCCGGCAUCCGCUUCCACUACCGCACGGUCCACGGGCUGGCCCCUGAACACACCGGCCGGCCCGGGGCCGAGGGCUGCUCGCCGGGCCGGCCAAGAACCGCUGUUGGAGUUGUUGCACACAACAGCCCAGACAGCAACUCGAAUUGUGCGGUCUCCUCCGGUCUGACUGCUGGCCAUGGUAGCUCGGCGCAGCUGGGAGGAAAUGGGAACACGUCCCGGGCAGCAGGAGCAGGCAGCCAGAGAGAGGGGCUUCUGUACGCCUGUGAGGACUGUGGCCGGCGUUUUAAAGACGCUCCGUCCAGGAACAGACACCAGACACUGGAGCACUACUCCCAGGAAGACAGGGAGGAGGAAGAGAUGGAGGAUGAAGAGUUGGAGGAGGAAGAUGUAGAGGAAGAAGGGGAGGGACAGAGGAAAGACUUCAGUCCGAUAGAGAGGGUUCACGAUCACAGCGAAUAA